UACCACGUCAUGGAGGAGCGUGCCAACCUCAUGAACAUGAUGAAGCUCAGUAUAAAAAUCCUGAUCCAGUCGGCCCUGAGCCUGGGCCGGACCCUGGACUCCGACUUCCCGCCCUUGCAGCAGUUCUUCGUGGUGCUGGAGCACUGCCUCAAGCACGGGCUGAAAGUGAAGAAGACUUUUAUUGGACAGAACAAAUCAUUUUUUGGUCCUUUGGAGCUAGUGGAAAAACUUUGUCCUGAAGCAUCAGAUAUAGCAACUAGUGUUAAAAAUCUGCCAGAGUUGAAGACUGCUGUAGGAAGAGGAAGGGCUUGGCUUUAUCUAGCACUCAUGCAAAAGAAACUGGCAGAUUAUCUCAAAGUACUCUUGGACCAUAAGCAUCUAUUAAGUGAAUUUUACGAACCUGAUGCGUUGAUGAUGGAGGAGGAAGGAGCAGUCAUUGUGGGUCUGCUAGUUGGACUGAAUGUUAUUGAUGCAAACCUUUGCUUGAAAGGAGAAGACUUGGACUCCCAGGUUGGAGUGAUUGAUUUUUCAUUAUACCUUAAGGAAACGCAGGACAGUGAUGGCAAACAAGAUGGAGGGAUUACAGCUGUCCUUGACCAAAAGCAUUAUGUGGAAGAACUUAACCGACAUCUAAGUUGCACGGUUGCAGAUCUUCAGAACAAAAUAGAUUGUUUAGAAAAGACCAAUUCAAAACUCCAGGAAGAGCUUGCAGCAGCAACUGACCGAAUUGGAUCACUUCAGGAAGAGCAGCAGCAGCUGAAACAACAAAAUGAAUUAAUUCGUGAACGGAGUGAAAAAAGCGUAGAGGUAACAAAAGAGGAUACAAAAGUAGAAUUGGAUACUUACAAGCAGUCACGCCAGGGUCUUGAUGAGAUGUACAGUGAUGUUUGGAAGCAAUUGAAAGAAGAAAAAAAAGUUAGGCUGGAACUAGAGAAAGAGUUGGAGCUACAAAUUGGAAUGAAAACAGAAAUGGAAAUUGCCAUGAAACUUCUGGAAAAAGAUACUCAUGAAAAACAAGACACUUUAGUUGCACUUCGCCAACAGUUAGAAGAAGUGAAGGCUAUUAACUUGCAGAUGUUUCACAAAUCUCAGAAUGCAGAGUGUUCAUUACAACAGAAAACAGAAGCAAUAUCCUCUUUUGAAGGAAAAACAAAUGAGAUGAUGUCCUCUAUGAAACAAAUGGAAGAGAGACUGCAGCAUGCAGAAAAGGCAAGGCAGGCUGCGGAAGAAAGAUGCAACAAGGUGAAGCAAGAGCUUGCUGGCAGGCUUGACACUUGUCGGCAACAGAUGUCCCAUCUGGAUAGCAAAUGCUCAACUCUGGAAAAGGAGUUAAAAUCUGAAAAGGAACAGAGACAAACUUUGCAAAGAGAACUACACCAAGAGAAGGAUGCUACCACUCUGCUUAAAACAGAAUUGCAACAAAUGGAAGGACUGAAAAAGGAAUUGAGAAAACUGCAAGAUGAGAAGCAGCAGUUAGAGAAAGUCUGUGAGGAGCAAGAGCAGGCUCUUCAAGAAAUGGGACUUCAUCUCAGCCAAUCAAAGUUGAAGAUGGAAGAUAUUAAAGAAGUAAAUAAAGCGCUCAAGGGUCAUACCUGGCUGAAGGAUGAUGAAGCUACACACUGCAAGCAAUGUGAAAAGGAAUUCUCUAUCUCAAGAAGGAAGCAUCACUGCAGAAACUGUGGGGACAUCUUCUGCAACACGUGUUCCAGUAACGAACUGGCACUGCCAUCGUAUCCUAAACCUGUCCGUGUCUGUGAUACUUGUCACACUUUACUCCUUCAGCGGUGUUCGUCCAAUUCCUCCUAAGGCUUUUGUAACCUUGACAGGACCACUUCAACAUUGGAAAAGUAGCCAUUAUCUUUUUAAUUCUGAAUUCCAGGCAUCUCCUCUGCAGGAGGCUAUCUGGUUUGUAGUAUUUUCAACUGUAAGACAGAGCCAUGUAAAAUAAUUUGUAGGAAUUAUGCAAG